AUGAAGUACAUCGCUGCCUACCUGCUGGCCUACCUCGGUGGCAACUCAUACCCCUCUGCAGAGGACCUGACCUCCACCCUGGAGUCAGUUGGUUGUGAAAUCGAUGCUGAGAGUCUGGAACUCUUGCUGUCCCAAGUGAAGGGCAAGGACAUCACUGAGCUCUUGGCUGCUGGUAGGGAGACGUUCGCUUCAGUUCCAAGCGGUGGUGGUGGUGCUGCUGUCGCAGCAGCUGAGUCCAAGAAGGAAGAGAAGGUCGUUGAGAAGGAAGAGAGUGAUGAUGUAAGAACACUGUUCUCACCUUUGCCCUUUUUACCAACUAGAGUCUAUGAUGUUUAG